AUGGUCUCCAUCCGAUCCUCGAUUCUUCUCGUCACAGUCACCUCCACGCUCGCACUCCACGGACAAGCCAACGCCACGAACUGUGACGCAGACAACUACUCCAAAGUCGCUGCUGCCGUGCAGACGCUCCAAACCAACUGUGCCAGCUGGGCAGCCUACCUCUCCAGCGGAGGCGUCUGGACCUGCGACUCCACGUGCCACGACGCUGUGUCCGAUUAUGUCGACACCUUGCCGGACUGCACGUUCGGUGGUCCGUACGGUCAGAACUACAAGGAAGUGGUGCAGGGUAUGGUGGAGACGUGCGGGGGUAAGGUGGUGUCCACGUCUCACUCGACGACGUCUCCGAGCUCAGUGACGGCCUCAACCAGUACGACCACAACAACCCCGAGCACAACCACCGCUGCGCCUACUGUGAGUAACAACAGUAACGACGGCAACAGCAGUGAUACAGUUUCAACGACUGAUGCAGCCACCGCUACGACUUCAAUCCCGACGGCCAGUACCGGUGAUAACAAAAACGACAAGACCGAAGUGAGUGCUGGUGCUAGUGCUAGUGCUAGUGCUGCAGCCGGCGAUACUCCGGCGUCGGAUGUGUCGACAACUUCUGGUGCCAGUAUUCAGGCUAUUAGUUCGAUCGCGGCUUUGGUGGUGAUUGUGGCUGGGGUGCUGCUGCUGUGCUAA